GAUUUCUGAACAGCAGAGAGGACAGGUUUGUGAGGGGCAAACUUUCAACUCACAUCGUGAUCUUCAAAGUCACUGGAAGGAUUGAAAGAAGCAGCACAUCUACAUGAAACAGGCAGAACUACUAAAACACAAAGCAUGAAGAACACAUAAGAUGGAGAACCAUGAUGACAAUACAGAUGCUGAAAGAGAGUCUGAAGUGAAAUCUGUAAUAUCUUCUGUGACAAAUGAACAGGUUGGGAUGAUGGAGGAGAGUGAAGCUGAAACCAAGUGUGAUCCAGCAAAUGAAGCAGGUGAUGGAGGAGAAUCUGAAAAUAAGUCAGAAACAUCUACAACCAAGGAGAAAGGUGAAUUACAUACGAGUGGAAACAAGGAUCAGCAGUCAGUGAAGAUUUCUCAAGAGAUCAACAGGAAAGAUGAAUAUCAAAGAGAAUUUAAAACUCUGCUUGAUAGACUUCACCUUCAGGACAAACAUCAAAAGAAGUUGACACCAGGAGAUUUUCUUCAAAUAGGUCCACCUGUGAAACAGGACCAUGACACAUGUGAGAAAGAUCUAGCUCAUACUUUUCUUCAGAGGUUGAUGAUGUUAGACUAUAGAGCCAGAUAUAUUCCUGUCAGACAAGACAGUCCUGAGGUCAGCCAUUCAAAUCCUGUUCCAGAGUCUGACACUGUUGAGACAGAUGACAAUGACUUAGAUGCUCUUUUUGGCUCCACUGUAGACUCUGAUCAAUCAAAACAGACUCAUGUGCAUCCAGUAGAUGUUCAGAUGGCAGUGUUUCACUGCUCAGACAGUUUUUUUAAGCAGAACAUGGUUACAAAGCUAUCACAGUGUCAGUACGCCUUACCUUUACUUGUUCCUGACCCAGUCACAAUGGAUAUUUACUGCCCUCUGUGGACUUUCAGGCAAAUAAUGAAAACAUGGAAAAUAAAUCAAACCAAGACUAAUUCAAAGAACAGCAUGAUGAAGAGCAUGCCCAUCUGCAAAGCUGAGACACCCAUGGUGUCAUUUUUCCGCCUGGGUUCACUCUCAUUGUCUAAAUCUCAGCUGAUGAACUCUUUGAUCAACGAGCGUCACAACACCUUCUUCCACAGAAACUGCCCAGGGAGCACCAAGUCUCGCCAUCUGAUGGAUGGUGUGGCAGAGAUUGCCUGGUACUGCCCUGCUGGGAAAGCCAAUGAUGCCUUCACUGACUGCAUUGCCUUUAGCAAUCUCCAUGGUGAUGCUCUGUUGAUCAAUGAGCAGCGUGACAUACUGAUUGAGAAAUCUUCAGUCAGUGUUGUUCUUGUACCAACUCUGGAAAAAGGUGACAAAAGUGCAACAGUUAUCGCAUCCCUUUUCAAGUCUCCAAAACCUCUCAUUGUUCUUAUUGGUGAUAAUGUUCAUGGUGCAGUUCAGAUGAAAGAGGGAAAAUACAAAAUGGGGUUAAAGGACAGAAGUCAGUCAGAUAUUUCUGAAGAGUUAAAGAAAAUCAUUCACAACAUUUUGUCUGGCCCACAUACAUCCUUCAAGCUUGAAUCUAUGACUGAGACCUCUGGAAUCAGAGUGGACGAAGAUGACACAAAAUGCCUAAACGGGAAAUCUGCAGCUGUGAAAAUGGUGACGUUGCUUCAGGGAAUGGAUGUUUCUAGGAUCAAAAAGAAAUUUCUCCCUUGCCAAGGCGAACUGUGGCACGGGUGGUGCAUAACAAACAAAGAACAGUAUCGUCUAAAAGGAAACAUUGAAAAGGAGAAAUGUAAGAAGCAAGAGGAACUGAUGAAAAUACGACAAGAUCAGUGCACAGCUUCCUGUAGUCAGCUGAUGAAACUGUUCAUUGAAAGCCUCACAUCUUUGAAAUCAACAGAAAGAGACUAUUUCUUGAAAUGGACUCAGAUCUUGAUAGAUGCCCUCUCCACAGACGAUUUGUCUCUAAUUCUUCAGAGCUAUGAUGAAAAGUGGUCGGAGGUCUUGGCUUUGAAGAAGAAACAUGACAAAUCUGAUCAGGUAAAAAGGAAGCAAAUUGAGCUCGAUCAAAUAUCAACAAAGCUACAGUCAGCAACUUUUGGCUUGGAGCACAUCUUCAGAGAAAUGGGACAGAUCUAUGAAGCCCACAAAUCUUUGCAGAAACAACCAGAGAGGGGACAGACUGACUGGUCUAAAUUCCCAGAGCUUGCUGCAGAGCUGAUGAUAUCAGGUCACCCCAUGGAGCUGAUGGACGGCGAUGCAGGUCAUGUGCCUUUAACAUGGAUCUCUGGUCUAUUAGAUCAGGUCAUCAAGAAACUGGGUGACAAGAAAGUUUUUGUUUUGUCAGUUUUAGGUGUGCAAAGCAGUGGAAAAUCAACAAUGCUGAAUGCCAUGUUUGGAUUACAGUUUGCAGUGAGUGCUGGCAGGUGCACCAAAGGUGCCUUCAUGCAACUGGUCGAAGUGUCAGAGGAGAUCAAGGGAAACUUUCAGUUUGACUACAUUCUGGUGGUGGACACUGAAGGACUGCGUGCACUUGAGUUGGCAGGUAAUGCCACUCUUCACCAUGACAAUGAACUGGCAACAUUAGUGGUUGGUCUGGGAAACAUGACAUUGAUCAACAUUUUUGGAGAGAAUCCAGCAGACAUGCAAGAUGUUUUGCAGAUUGUUGUCCAGGCUUUCAUGAGGAUGAGGAAAGUUAAACUUUCUCCCAGUUGUGUGUUUGUUCAUCAGAAUGUUACAGAUAUUUCAGCUGCAGAGAAAAACAUGGAUGGAAAAAGACGCCUGCAAGACAAACUGGACAAGAUGGCCCAACUAGCUGCCAAAGAGGAGGUCUGUGAUGCUGAGUGCUUCGGUGACGUCAUUGCAUUUGACGUGCAAAAUGAUGUGAAAUACUUUGCCCAGCUUUGGGAGGGAAGUCCACCUAUGGCUCCUCCAAAUCCAGGUUACAGUGAGAGCAUCCAAGAUCUGAAGAAGUUUAUCCUCUCUAAAGCUUCACAGUCCGCUGGGAUUACUCUGUCACAGUUCAAAGGCAAAAUUCAGGAUCUGUGGAAUGCCCUGCUGAAGGAAAACUUUGUUUUCAGUUUCAAAAACACACUUGAAAUUGCAGUGUACAGAAAACUUGAGGUCCAGUAUGGGGACUGGACCUGGGCCCUGAGGAACGACAUGUUGACCAUUGAAAACCUGCAUUACACCAGAAUUGAAAAAGGAAAACUUGACAGGGUUGAGCUCAGUGACCUUUAUAAAGAAAUGAACAAAACCUAUGAAGAAAUCAAAAAAGGUAUGACAAUUUACUUUAACGACAACAGAGACGAAGAAAUGUUGGUCCAGUGGCGAGGCCGAUUUGAAAGCAAAAUCAAGGAGUUUCAUGAUGAACUGGUGAGGGGAGUCAAAAGAAAACUGGAUGAAGUUAUCCAACAGAAGAAAGCUUGUAAAAAUUUUGAUGAUAAGAAGACAGAAUAUGAGAACAAACUGCUACAGAAAAGUAAAGAGCUCGCUCAUCAGUUAAAAGACAAGACAAAAGAUGAAGAGGAACUUAAAAAGCAGUUCAACUCUCUUUGGACUUCCUUGGUUAGAGAACUCACGGCAGAUAUGAAACCUAUUGAGGAUAUCAACUUGGAACAUGAUCAAAUGUCCAUCCUUCAAGAGCUCGGUUUUGAAUGGUCUCUCAUAGAUGAAUCCAAAAACAGUGGAAGAUACAAAAACAUAUCAAAAGUUGGGAGUUAUAUUGAUUAUAUAACUCUGAAGAAAUACCAAGUUCUCAAGUGUCGUCUCCAGCAUUGGUUGCCAUCUUCUUCUAAACCUCUCCCAUUUGAAGAACAGCAACUGAUUCUAACCUUCAUUAAUCAUGUUGAAAAACAGUCCAUUGAUGGAAUUAAGACCAAACCUGUAGCCACAAAAGGCUAUAGUCUAACUUACUUGCAGGAAUUGGCCAAAAAUGUUCAAGCAGAAGUGACAGGAUUUGGAUCAGAAAGGAGAUACACACUAAAGAAGGAGUUUACAGUUGAUCUCUUACUGUAUGUAUUUGACAGAGCAGGCAGUUUGCUUUCAGAGUCCCACAAGACAUUCAAAAGGAGCAAUGACGCACUCACUUAUUUAGAAAGCAAGAAAACACAAAAUUACAAUGUUUUCAGAAGUUUCUGCAGGGGAAGCUCGUCUGCUGUUGUGCUUGGAGAACUGAUCUGCGAAAAACUCAAGAGUUCCUCUGUGGAGGCAGUCUGUAACAAGACUGCCAUUGAUCUCGCUAAUGAGAUGAGGUGCAGUGUCCCAGCUUUCAAUGGAAACAGGUUGAACUUGGAGAAACAUGUGUUAAAGUCACUGGCAGCGGAAGAGGACUUUGGUGGUUUUAUGACCUACAUCCAAGACCAACGGGAGCAAGUACAGACAUUUAUAAAACAGGAAGCAGAGAAAUACAUGUUCAAAGAGAACAAAAAUAAAGCGCUGAAUAUAUUCAAGAAAAAUGUUGAAAACAUCAUGGGGCCUGUGAGUCAAGCUCUAUUUGAUGCAACAGAGAAAGUCAACACCCAGGGAGGAGACACAGAUAUGUGGGUGAAGGAAUUUUCUACUUUACUAUCAGAUGAGCUGACAUUCACCAUUUCUUGUCAAAACUUCGGGGACAUAAAAAAAUUUGAUUUUCUUAAAGAUGAGAUAAAUAAAGGCCUUGUACCUAUCAUGAAGGAGAUAAGCAGCCUCUCACUGGACAAGGUGAAAGAAUUCAGGAUGAAGCCUGACGAGAUCCUCAUCAAACAGCUGUGUGAGGGCUGCUGGGUAAAGUGUCCAUUCUGUGCAGCCGUUUGUAUCAACACACUGAAAGAUCACAGUCCUCACAAACACAAUGUCCCUUUUCAUCGACCGUCUGGGAUUGAAGGAUGGCACUAUAGGACGACAGACAAUCUGGUCAUUGAUUUCUGCACAACAUUAGUUGCAAGUGACAAACAUUUCUACCCUGUUCACACAGAUGAGACGUCUGUUCCUUAUAAAGAGUACCCAAAAGGUGGGAAGAAAUAUGCUGCAUGGGAGAUCACUCCUGAUGAGUCGAAGCUGACAUAUUGGAAAUGGUUUGUAUGUCGGUUUCGAAACCAGAUUGAGGACCACUAUCAGUUAAAAUUCCACCAAAGAGGAGAAAUCCCGAGUGAGUGGAUGAAAUACAGUAAAGAAGAAGCUAUUCAAAGUUUGGAUAGUUUGUGAAAGUGACACAGAAACAAUCAAACUCCACUCAGAGUGACAGAAAUGUCAUUAACUAUUCAAAAGCAAUAGGAGUUUUUGAUUAGAGGAUGUGGCCUUUCCCAAAUGACUAAACAGCACCUAUUUUACUUUAAUUGUAUUGUACAUAGUGACCUGCGAUAUAUUAUUGAGUAGUAAGGAUUCCUGAAUGCAAAGGAGAUCACAACAUAAGUAACCACAAAUGAUGUGUUUGUUAGUUGUUAAAGGAUACUUGAAAUGUGUGUGUGAAUAUUCAAAAGAAAUACUAUUUCAACAGGCAAGUUUUUGUUUUAACAUAUCAUUAUGAAGUCUGCGUUUGUGACAAUGUUACUACUUUAGUUUUUCCACUUUAGUUGGUUUUUCAAGAUUUAAGUUACUCAAUAUUACAAGCAUAUUUUCACUAAAAUGUAAUGAAAGAACUAAUCUAACUGAACAAUGAGUCAUAAGGUGGAUGUUUUGAGACUGAAUUACUGAAAUCUUAUAAUUAUGAAAAUGCAACUAGCUUGUAUGAGACUUGUUGAGGUCCAACAAAACAUGUUAGAGUUAUGAGAAGUUGACAUAUAGUUUUAUAAACAGAAUGAAAUUCUUUUAAAAUGUUUUUGUUAAGAUGAAUCUGUUUUUUUCUGCUGUUCAACUCAUCUUCAUAUGUUGUCCAUUUUGAUUUUUUCUGAUUUUUCUCAAAGUUGGAUUUUUUUUAAUUUUUUUUUUAAGAAUUUGAUGUAGUAUUGAGUGUUCAUGGACUUUAUCUAAUUUUAAAUGACCUUAUUGGAUGCAAUAUUGGAAUUGUUUUUGUAGUUUUUUAAAUUAAUUUCCUGACAUUGUAUGUCCAUAUGAUGAGAAAUAUUAGUCUUUGUGAAAAAUAUUAGUGAUAUUUUCUUUUACUGUAAUAAAUAGACCUCUCACACAGAUCAAAUAUUUCUCCUGACAACAUGCUUCAGAAUAUGUCUAAGAGCUGGCACAAAGUAAAGCAAGUGAAUUUUAUUGAUAUAGCCCAAAAUCAAAAAUAAAUUUGCUCUGCUAAUCAUCAUUUUCUCUCUGUGUCUCUCUAAGAAAGGCUGAACAUUGAUUUUGACAAUAAGUUUAUGGG